AUGCCCGCUUACUUAACACUGAAAGGCCAGACGUAUACAGGUGAAGAACACUCUCUCCCAUCGGUCAAUAAACCAAAGCCAGCAAAACCCCAAAACUCCGCAGAAACAUCGUCUUCCAAAGUGUUCGAUGAAAGGCGGCUCCUCGUGGACGGACUCCUUCCAUCCACCCAACGCCCUGAUUACCACGUCACAUUCGUCGGCUUAUGGAGGAAAGUUCGUACGGAGUAUCCCCUCAUAUACGACGGCGCCAUUUCAAGCGACGUGGACUCUUUUACCUCCCUCAUUCAGAUCGCAGAUUGGUUCUCUGAUUUCUUCUCGACAAGAUUAGCUUGCCUUCAGGAGGGCGAGCGCCGCGGGUCCAAGGCGCAGCUCCCCUCGAAGCUGCCCGAAUUUGCUAGGCUGAAUGCAUGGAUCCUCAAGAAGGCACGGGACCAAGCCCAUAAGGAUUUGGGCAUCGUGAAGCCUCGCCGGGCGGAGCAGACGACGGACAAGAAGAAGAAGAUGAGGGUGAGACCCAAGGAUGAAAUGCUGCGUAUCAAGCUCUCUAUGUACACAGCCGCGUUGACGCUCGUACAUACCUGGAAAAACUUACUCCAGAAAAGAAAGGAUUCUUUGGUCUCCCAAGUGGUUCACGUUGAUGAAUCCUCGCAUAUGAAUCCGUCGACGGUCCCUGCCAAUUCGCAGUUGCUUAGAUGGCUGGAACAACAAGCUGCGAUCGUGUAUCAGGAUCGUUCUCCAUUCUCUAGUCCUACCAUAGCCACUCCACCCUCCCCUGCUCUUGCAAUCUAUCCUGAUGCAGCUGGGACCACUCCAGCCAGUACAGUUCUCCCUGCUUCAAUUACUAAGGCUCCAGAUUCUCCGUCAGCUGAGGUUUCUCUCCCUCAAACCCAAGGCGACUACGGAGAUUUCGAUUCCUUCACAGACUUCAUGGACUCAUUGUUUUACUGGGAUUCUUUCGAUUCGACGCAACCCUUGGCAACACUGCUCUCUGCUCCGAACACGAUGGCUACAUAUUCUCCAUCGGCUGAGACGCCCGCGCUCGUUGAUCAGGAUCAUUCUCCGUCCUCUAGUCCCGCCACCGCCACCGCCACUCCACCCUCCCCUGCUCCGGUGCCGUCCCCUUCUCUUGCAAUGCAGACUGAGAUACCUCUCCCUCAAAUCAAAGACGAACCCGUAGAUCUCGAUUCAUUCAUGGACUUGCUGAACUGGGAUUCCUUUGGAUCGACGCAACCCUUGGCGGCACUGCUCCCUGUUCCGAUUACGACGCCUACAUAUUUUCCAUCAGCUGGGACGUCCGCGCUCGUUAAUCAGGUUCAUGCUCCAUCCUCUAGUCCUGCCACCGCCACCGUCACUCCCUCAUUUACUCCAGUUCCUUCCCCUUCCCUUGCGCACUCUCUUGAUCCAGCUUUGGCCGCUCCAGCCAGUCUACCCCCCUCUGCUUCAGCAACGAUGUCGACAUAUUCUCCAUCGGCGGAUAUGCCUCUCCCUCAGAUCAAAGACGAACCCAUAGAAUUCGAUCCCUUCUUAGACUUCCUGGACCCAUUUGCUUGCUGGAAUUCUUUCGAAUCGAUGCGACCCUCAGCGACCCUGCUCCCUGCUCCGAACACGAUGGCUAUGUAUUCUCCAUCAGCUGGGGCGCCCGCGCUCCCUCAUCAGGAUAAUGCUCCAUCCUCUAGUCCUGCCACCGCCACCGCCUCUGCCACGCCACGCUCCCGUGCUCCAGUUCCGUCCCCUUCUCUUGCACUCUCUCCUGAACAAGCUUGGGCCGUUCCAGAUGGUCCACUUAUCCCUGAUCCAUCUGAUGAGGCGUCUCUCCAUCAAAUCCAAGACGAACACGGAGAUUGCGAUACCUUCACAGACUUCAUGAAUCCGUUGGCUUACUGGGAUUCUUUCGUCUUGACACACUCCUCGGCGCCCAUUCAUCCCCCCGUCGAUCCAGCAAGUAUCUCCAAGGAAAAUUCGUUGAUGUAUGCUCUCGGUCCCUUGUAG